UAUAGAAAUAUUUAUUAUAUAAAAAAAUCUCACAAAAUAUAUGAUUCCAAACCAAUAAUAAAUUGUUGACACAAGUAAAUUUAAAACUUAACUUUGUAAACAUUUUAGUGCAAGCAGAACAUGUCCUAAAAAAAAUGAAUGCUGUUUUGCACAUGGUGAACAUGAAUUAUAGAUGGGAAAUCAAAAAAAGACAUUUAUAAAUAUUCCAACUAAUUAAUAUUAACAGUCAGUUAAUAUAGCAUAAUCUAAUUAUAAAUCAAUAAUGUGUAGAUCUUAUAAUGAAUUAACAGGUGAAUGUAAUUGUAAAUAUGAGAGCAGAUGUAAUUUCGCUCAUAAUAAACAAGAAUUAAGAGUAAAAAACCCAUACUAAAAUGUAUAAUAUCCUUAAAUGAAUAAUUAAAUAGAUAUGAAUAUGUUAGCAUAUUAAUAAUAGCAAUAAUAAAUUGAAUAGUUAAACUAUAUUUAAUAAUAAAUUGUUAGUUCGUUUCUUAUGAAUUUAAAUAGUUUUAUUAUGUAACUCAAUUAAUUUUUCCCAAAUGAAAGUGUUCUUACAAACGCAGAUUAGUUAAAUAGAUUAGGAAACUAUAAUGAAGCAUAUAAUUUGUUAUCUUAAUUUUUAAAAGACCCUAAUAAUGAAAAGAAAUAAGAAUAAGCUUAACAAUUGGAAAAAAUUUACAAGGAGUUCCUUAGUGCUUAGAGCCCAGAAUAAAUACAAAUGUAAUUGAUGAUGAUUUAAAAUAUGAACCCUAUAAACCCAAUUAAUUAAAUGGGUCCAAUUAAUCAAAUGAGUCAUAUUAAUUAAAUGAAUUCUAUUAAUUAAAUGAAUCCUAAUUAAUUGAUGAUGAUGAAUUAAUUAUAAAUGGGAAUGUAAUAGAAUAUGCCAUACUAAUUUUAAAAUAGUCCUUAGUAAUUUUGAUAAUAAUAUAUAUUUUAAUUUAAUAUAUAUGAGAUAUAUAUUUUAUUUAAUACUUAUAUUUAUUAUUAUUUUUAUAGUAUGCAUAAUAAAAAUAUUAUUUGCACGUUUUUUCUUAUUUAUAAAUAUUAAAUAUUUUAUUUAAUUU